CCUGGAGAAUAACUCCGCCAAGAAGCCCACUCUCCACCUGUCGCUUGUUUUCAUCUAGAACCCAAACGCCAGACCGUUGGCCCAGCGAGUGAGCAAUGGCAACCAUCAGCGCCGCCGCAUCCGCCGCCCUCUUUGCCGGCACCUGCGUCGCCAGGCCGUCUCAGGCUCACGGGCUGCCUCAGCUGAGAGCGAGAGCCGGCAAGGUGCGGUGCGGCGCCUUCUCCAAGCAGCAGGACGGCAGCGGCAAGGCGCCCGCGGCGGCCCCGGCCGGCGCGUCCCUGCUGGCCGCGGCGAGCGCGAUGACGGCGUCGCCGGCGCUGGCGCUGGUGGACGAGCGGAUGUCGACGGAGGGCACCGGGCUCAGCCUGGGGCUGAGCAACAAUCUGCUGGGGUGGAUCCUGCUGGGCGUGUUCGGCCUCAUCUGGUCCCUCUACACCGUCUACACCUCCACGCUCGACGAGGACGAGGAUUCCGGCCUCUCCCUGUGAAAUCCUUUCGAUUUCCAGCUGUUUCCUUCAGCCCUGACCUGUGAGUUCGACGAUCUGUGGGUGCAACUGCAAGUCUGCAACUGAAGACAUGGUUGUAUGCGGCUGUGAUUGGGUUGUUGCAUCGGAGAUGGUAAUGACGAGUGCUUAGUAGCUGUGGCUUAUGGUGGUUUGAGAUUGUACCUAUAUGAUUCAUGAAAGAAGAUGUGGCACAUGCAGUACCGUAUGAAGUUCGAUAGCAGUGUGGCAGUGUCAUGCGUAACAUUUAGUAUCUGAUUUGGUUGCUGAGUGUGGCAUGAGAGGAGAAAUAUUCUAAAGUCAUGUUGAAACUGCACUCUGUUUCAUGUGAGUAGUGUUUAUGUUUCAUAUUGACAAUGAGAAUAGUUUUGAUGUUGCCGAUGUUUCACA